AUGUCUCUGCAACAAGUGAUCGAUCUGAACAACACUGCUGUGUGCAGAAUGAAGAAUUCUCACCCCGAAGAUGCCAUCGAGAUGCUAACUCACGCCGUCCGAUGCUACAAGGCAAUGCAAAGUGGCCAAAGCAGUGUCCCCGUCCCGUCAAUAUGUGAUCAAGAGUCUGUCAUCAAUACAUGCUUGAUUCAAGAGCAAGAGUGUUGGAACGAUGAUAUGAAGAUCGAGAGCAACAACCAGUUUGUCUACUACAGUGCUUGCUCGAUUCCAGACACACUUCAACUGGAAUGCGUGGCGCCCAUUGUCGUUUUCAAUUUGGCACUUGCAAGACACUUUCAGGGAAGCCAGAUUCAGACGGACCAUCGUGCGCGAAGACACAUACUGUCAACCGCCACCAGACUAUAUGAAAUUGCUUUUCAUACCUAUCUUGCUGCUGGGGGAUCUCGCUCUGGUCUAAUGGCAAUCGCAAUAACAAACAAUAUUGCUCUAAUAUACAAUGAGUUUGGGGAAUCCGCCCUUGCUAACAAGUGCUUCGAGUUGCUGCACAGUGUUUUAUCACAGCUCUUGAAAAGUGGGGACACAGCCGUGAUGCCAUAUGCUUAUGACUUUCUUCGCAACUUGAUUCCGAUCCAAGGACCCCAAGUCUAUGCUGCCGGCGCGGCAUGA